CGAGCUCAGUCACAGUCCUCUCUCAUGUUCAAAUACUGAGCAUCAAGAAGCAAUUGCAAAAAUGUGAAUUCCAACAGCGGCUAUUCCAGCAUCUUUGACGAGGAUAGGAUACGACUCCAGUAGAAUGACAGAAUUGGAAAGAAUCGUUUAGAAUGACAACGCCUGGAAAAGAGCGGCUGAUGGUUGUUUUUGUUGCAGGUGUGAAUACAGCAUGAGUUCAACUGGUGGUAGGCUCUGCUUGGCCUGAACAGAGUGGCUGUCGGUGAAGACUGGUCAGUCUACAGUAUGGAGUGUAUAGUAUGAUUCGUGGCUGGUCUGUUGGUCCUUGGCUCGGUGCAGUGGUGUGGUGUCCCUGUCCCUUGGCGGGAUGCUGAGGGCUGGUGGUCACCACCAGUAUGACUCCCCUGGACCUGUGGCUCUCCCGCUCCAUACCCAUGUGCCUGCUCCUCCAGAGCCUGGUCCUCAUGGCCUUGUGCUUCCCCUCUGCCUCCAUGUGUCCCAAGGGCUGCGUCUGCCAGCGGGCACGCCCCGACCCGGGCCUCCACCUCGGCCCGGGACCCCUGGGGCUCCUCCUCGGCCUCAACGUGACCUGCACCGGGUCCCGGCUCAAAGAGAUUCCCCCGGACCUGCCCCCGGACACCGCACUGCUCCGUCUUGACCACAACCAGAUCAUGGCUGUCCCCGAGCACGCCUUCCGGGGCCUGAGACUCCUCCGGGAGCUCAACCUGUCCCACAACGCCGUGGAGACGCUAGGGGAGGGCGCCUUCAGUGGUGUGGAAGCCACACUACAGGUCCUUGACCUCUCGCAUAACCGCAUCACAAGCGUGCACAAGGACGCCUUUACCCGUCUGAAAGCGCGGAUCCUGGUGGACGACAACCCCUGGCACUGUGACUGCACCCUACAGCAGGCGCUGGGCGGCAUGGCCCACAACCACGAGGCGGUGGCACGGGUCCUGUGCCGGAGCUCUGAGCUCCAGGAGCAGGAGGGACGCAAUUUCCUGGCAGUGGACACAGACCUUUGUAACCUGGCAAAGAGGACCACGGACUACGCCAUGCUGGUGACAAUGUUUGGCUGGUUUGCCAUGGUCAUCUCCUACGUGGUUUAUUAUGUACGGCAGAACCAGGAGGAUGCCCGGCGACACCUGGAGUACCUCAAGUCACUGCCCAGCAAACCCGUCAAGCCCAACGAGGUGGAGGAUAUCAGCACUGUGGUGUGACGUGAUAU